GAGGGGGGAAUUCACGCAAUGGGUUCGGCUUCUCUUAUCGAUUCUCCUUCUCCCAAUCAUUCUCAACCCUCUCCCGUUUCUAAAACAGGAGUUGAGAACGGCAAAAGUAAAAAGAAUUCCAUUCCCAAAACUGAGGAGGAAGUUAUGGCUGGAAAUAAACAUAACAAGCGGAGUUCAUCAGAGGGAAGUGAGCAGCCUGCUGCUACACGCAAAAUGCCAAAACGAGCUGCAGCGAGUAAAAAUUUGAAGGAGAAAUCUUUUUCAAUAUCUGAGAAAUCUUGUCUUAUUGAAACAGAGAAGGAUCAGAUUGUAGAAGAAGAAACUCUAGCAGUCCGCAUGACUGCCGGACAGGAUGACGGUCGUCCAAAUAGAAGAAUUACAGAUUUUAUCCUUCAUGAUGAAAGUGGUACGGCACAGCCCCUUGAGAUGCUGGAAGUUAAUGAUUUGUUUAUCUCUGGAGUUAUAUUGCCACUUGAAGCAAGCGUGGGCAAGAAAAAGGAGAAAGGUAUUAGAUGUGAAGGCUUUGGUCGAAUUGAAUCGUGGGAUAUAUCUGGCUAUGAAGAUGGCACUCCAGUGAUAUGGAUUUCUACUGAUUUUGCUGAUUAUGAUUGCCUAAAACCUGCAACUACUUACAAAAAAUUUUAUGAUCAUUUCUUUGAGAAAGCCCGUGCAUGUAUAGAAGUAUACAAAAAACUUGCAAAGUCCUCUGGUGGGGACCCUGAUAUAAGUCUUGAUGAGUUACUUGCUGGGAUGGCACGGUCUAUGAGUGGCAGCAAGUGCUUUUCUGGAACUGCAUCUCUAAAGGAUUUUGUUAUUUCUCAGGGUGAGUUUAUUUAUAAACAACUCAUUGGUUUGGACAUGACAUCCAAGACAAAUGACAGGAUGUUUGUAGAAAUUCCUGCUCUUAUUGCUCUUAGAGAUGAGAGUAAGAAACAAGCAAACUAUGUACAUCCACAGUUAUUGCCCUCAAACGGGAGUUUAAAGAUUGAUUCAGGAAUUGGAGAUGAAGAAAACAAGAAUCAGAUGAAUUCAACAACUUCUGUUGCUGAGGAAGAUGAGGAUGCAAAGUUAGCACGACUAUUGCAGGAAGAGGAGUAUUGGCAAUCGAUGAAGCAGAAGAAAAACCCCAGAUCAGCCUCUGUAUCUAACAAAUACUAUAUCAAAAUUGAUGAAGAUGAGAUUGCAAAUGAUUACCCUCUUCCUGCAUAUUAUAAAACCUCCCUUGAAGAAACAGAUGAAUUUAUAGUUUUUGAUAAUGACUAUGACAUAUAUGACAUUGAAGAUCUCCCUCGAAGCAUGCUGCAUAAUUGGUCGUUGUACAAUUCAGAUGCAAGAUUGGUUUCCUUGGAACUUCUUCCAAUGAAAUCUUGUUCAGAUAUUGAUGUUACCAUCUUUGGAUCAGGCAUAAUGACUUCAGAUGAUGGAAGUGGGUUUCAUCUGGAUACGGAGGCUGGCCAAUCUUCUUCCAAUGGUUCUGGAGCACAGGUUCCUGAUGGAAUUCCAAUUUAUCUGAGUGCCAUAAAGGAAUGGAUGAUUGAAUUUGGAUCGUCUAUGAUUUUCAUAUCCAUCCGAACAGAUAUGGCCUGGUAUAGACUUGGCAAACCAUCAAAGCAGUAUGCUCCUUGGUAUGACACAGUGUUGAAAACUGCAAGGGUUGCUAUAAGCAUUAUCACCUUGUUGAAGGAGCAGAGCCGAGUUUCACGACUUUCCUUUGGAGAUGUCAUCAAGAAAGUAUCUGAGUUUAAUCAGAAACAUAGUUCUUACAUCUCUUCAGAUCCAUCAGCUAUUGAGAGUUAUGUUGUUGUCCAUGGACAGAUAAUUCUACAACUGUUUGCAGAAUUUCCUGAUGAAAAGAUCAGAAAGUCUCCAUUUGUGACUGGUCUCAUGAACAAAAUGGAAGAACGACACCAUACCAAAUGGUUAGUGAAGAAGAAGAAAGUUGUGCCAAGGAGUGAACCAAAUUUAAAUCCUAGGGCAGCAGUGGCUCCUGUUGUAUCCAAGAGGAAAGCUAUGCAAGCUACGACAACAAGGCUGAUCAAUAGAAUAUGGGGAGAGUAUUACUCAAACCACCUGCCAGAGGAUUCAAAAGAGGGAACUGCUAAUGAAUUAAAGGAGGAGGAUGAAGUCGAGGAACAGGAAGAAAAUGAAGAGGAGGACAAUGAGGAGGAGAUGUUGCUUUUCGAGGGAUCCCAAAAGCCACAUUCAGCUUCAAAACAAAUCAAAACAUUUUCUGCUGACAAAGAAAUAAGAUGGGAAGGGAAACCUGAAGGGAAGACGAGUUCGGGAUGUCUUAUAUAUAAAAAGGCAAGUAUUCACGGGGAAGUUAUUUCUGUUGGAAGAUCUGUGUUAGUGGAAGUUGAUGAAAUGGAUGAACUUCCUGACAUAUAUUAUGUUGAAUAUAUGUUUGAAUCUAGGAUUGGAAGAAAAAUGUUUCAUGGUAGGAUGAUGCAGCGUGGUUGUCAGACUGUUCUUGGCAACACUGCUAAUGAGAGAGAAGUGUUUUUGACUAAUGAGUGCAGGGAUUUGGGUCUACAGGAUGUUAAGCAGACUGUUCUUGUAAAUAUUCAAAAAAUGCCUUGGGGUUAUCAGCAUCGAAAGGAUAAUAUCAUUGCAGGUAAAGUUGAUAGGGCUAGAGCAGAAGAAAGAAAGAAGAAAGGGCUACCUACUGAAUAUUACUGUAAAAGCUUGUACUGGCCUGAAAGGGGUGCUUUCUUCACCCUUCCAUAUGAUGCUUUGGGUGUAGGGUCUGGCAUUUGUCACUCUUGCGAAAUACAGGAUGCCCAAAAGGAGAAGGAUAUUUUCAAAGUAAAUUCAUCCAAGUCUGGUUUCCAAUUGAAAGGAACUGAGUAUUCUCUCAAUGAUUUUAUUUAUGUAAGUCCCUUUGAAUUUGAGGAAAAGAUAGAGCAGGGAACUUACAAGAGUGGGAGGAAUGUAGGGCUGAAAGCUUAUGUAGUGUGCCAACUGCUUGAGAUCAUUGUCAAAAAGGAAACAAAACAAGCUGAAAUUAAAUCUGCACAGGUCAAAAUCAGAAGGUUCUUCCGACCAGAAGAUGUAUCAAAUGAAAAGGCAUACUGCUCUGAUAUACAAGAGGUGUAUUACAGUGAUGAGACCAAUAUAAUCUCUGUAGAAUCCAUAGAAGGGAAAUGUGAAGUCAGAAAGAAGAAUGACAUUCCUGAAUGCCAUGCCCCUGGAAUCUUCCAAAAUGUAUUUUUCUGUGAGCACCUGUAUGAUCCUGCCACUGGGUCACUCAAGCAGUUGCCAGCUCAUACAAAAGUAAAAUAUUCAAGUGGACAUACAGCCGAUGCUGCAGCUAGGAAGAGAAAAGGAAAAAGCAAAGAGGGAGAUAGCAUUUCAGAGUCUGAUAAGGAAAGGAAAACAUCAAAUGAAAAACGUUUAGCAACCUUGGAUAUUUUUGCAGGUUGUGGUGGCUUAUCAGAGGGGUUGCAGCAGUCAGGAGUUUCAUUAACUAAAUGGGCUAUUGAGUAUGAAGAACCAGCUGGGGAUGCAUUUAAAGCUAAUCAUCCUGAAGCAUUGGUGUUCAUUAACAAUUGCAAUGUUAUCCUUAGUGCUGUAAUGGAGAAGUGUGGAGACAUAGAAGAUUGUAUCUCAACAUCUGAGGCCGCAGAAUUGGCAGCAAAGCUUGAUGACAAGGAAAUAAGUAGCUUACCCAUGCCUGGGCAAGUUGAUUUCAUUAAUGGGGGUCCUCCAUGUCAGGGUUUCUCUGGGAUGAAUAGGUUUAAUCAAAGCAGUUGGAGUAAAGUUCAGUGUGAGAUGAUUUUAGCAUUUUUAUCCUUCGCUGAUUAUUUCCGGCCAAGGUAUUUCUUGUUGGAGAAUGUGAGGAACUUUGUGUCUUUCAAUAAAGGACAGACAUUCCGUUUGACUUUGGCUUCACUUCUUGAGAUGGGCUAUCAGGUGAGGUUUGGUAUCCUUGAGGCUGGAGCUUAUGGCGUUUCCCAGUCAAGAAAAAGGGCUUUCAUAUGGGCAGCCUCUCCAGAGGAUGUGCUUCCUGAGUGGCCAGAACCAAUGCAUGUCUUUGCUGUUCCAGAGUUGAAAAUCACACUAUCAGAAAAUGUCCAGUAUGCUGCAGCUCGCAGUACAGCUAAUGGUGCUCCAUUACGUGCAAUAACUGUCCGAGAUACCAUUGGUGACCUCCCAGCUGUCGGCAAUGGAGCCUCAAAAGGAAACAUUGAGUAUCAAAAUGAUCCUGUCUCAUGGUUUCAAAAGAAGAUCCGAGGUGAUAUGGUUGUCUUGACUGAUCAUAUAUCAAAGGAGAUGAAUGAAUUGAAUUUGAUUCGGUGUCAAAAAAUUCCUAAGAGGCCAGGUGCUGAUUGGCGGGAUCUUCCAGAUGAAAAGAUAAAGUUGUCUACUGGACAAGUUGUUGACUUGAUACCAUGGUGCUUGCCAAAUACGGCUAAGCGCCAUAAUCAAUGGAAGGGGCUAUUUGGUAGGUUGGAUUGGCAAGGAAAUUUCCCAACUUCCAUUACAGACCCUCAACCGAUGGGGAAGGUUGGAAUGUGCUUUCACCCUGACCAAGAUAGGAUUCUUACUGUUCGCGAAUGCGCUCGAUCUCAAGGCUUCCCAGAUAGCUAUCAAUUUGCUGGCAACAUCAUACACAAACACCGGCAGAUUGGUAAUGCUGUGCCUCCCCCUUUGGCAUUUGCAUUAGGGAGAAAGCUCAAGGAAGCAGUGGAUAGGUUCCAAAAACAAGAAACCCCUUGUGUAUAGUGAUAUCCCUUGGUCAUUUGUGUGAGGUUAAUUCCUUGUUCCAUAGCCGAAGAAUUGUAUUGAUAAUGUUCAAAGCUCAUUCAUCGUUGUCAAUCAACUUGAAUUUUCUUGAUUAGU